UUGUUGUGUUGCGCUUUGUAUUUGUGUCAGUGUUGAAAAUCAUUUAUGGCCAAGUGGUGAGUUUUCUAACUGGAAGAUGCAUCGACCACGAAGAAUCAAGAUCACAGACCUGAAUCCACAUCUCAUUUGUGUCUUAUGUGGUGGAUAUUAUGUUGAUGCCACAACCAUCAUUGAAUGUUUACAUUCAUUUUGUAAAGCAUGCAUCGUGCGUUACCUUGAGACCAACAAGUACUGCCCCAUCUGUGAUGUGCAGGUCCAUAAAACAAGACCACUUCAGAAUAUACGCGCUGACCAGACACUACAGGACAUUGUCUACAAACUGGUGCCUGGCUUAUUUCAAAAUGAGAUGCGUUGUCGGCGAGAAUUCUAUGCUAAACACCCUGAGGCCCAGCCAACAAGCUGUCUUGAUCAGGGAGAAGUCAGUGAUCAAUCAAAUAUUUAUACUCCUGAUGAGGCCAUUUGUUUGUCUCUUGAAUAUUUUAAAUCAACUACACCAGAUAAAGAGGAACUCUCAUCAAGGCGCUAUCUUCGGUGUCCUGCAGCUGUGACAGUAGCGCAUCUGCAGAAACUGAUACGGGCUAAGUAUGGCCUUUCAGCUGAACAUCGUGUGGACAUUAUGCACGUGGAUGAUCCACUAAGUGAAGAAUUUACACUUAUGGAUGUGGCUUACAUCUACAGGUGGAGAAGGAAAGGCCCACUUUGCUUGAGUUACCGAAUUUUUGAGUGUUGUCAGUUGAGCAGCAAGAGAAUGAAACUGGAUCCUGGUACUUCCAUGAAUGUGGUCACAGUGACAUCUGUUGAAGAAGAUGAUGAAGUGACUACAAAGAGAGAAUCUAUGGAUGUGGAUGUUAUUAGGACAUAUGACGAAUCAAAGCAUGAAAAGAUGCAGAAUGCUGAAGAGUUGAAGAACAGUGUUUCAAAGGAGGAGAACAAUAAUAGUGGCAGUGAAUCAUGGAAGGAAGUUCAAAUUCAGAUCAGCGAGAAUGGCAUUAUGAGUGUGACAGACAUUACAAUGCCUCCUGUGAUUGAAAAUAACAAUAAUACAGUAAUGAACAACUGUAUUCCGGUAUCAGAUAGCUCAAAAAUCUCGUUAAUUUUGUGUGGUAAUGAAGAGAAAAGCAGAUCCUCUGAAGAAAUUCAAGAACAGGCCAGACAUACUAUAUCAUCUAAAGAAUCUGAACAUCAUAAAUCUAAUGUGGAUGAAAUGGCAGGAACACCAGCAACAGUUUCAUCAACAGUGACAACUUUUGCAACCACAUCAACUCAAAGCUUACCAAGUGCAGCAGGUACAACAAUUACAACUCCUCUGGUUGUGAAUGCACAUUGUGGUUCUAAAAAGCAUGAAUAUGUGAAGGCAGCUUCAGCUGAAAGUGUUGCCAAAACAUCAACAGUGGAGAUUGCUGUAGCAAAAAAUGCUAUAGACGCAAAUUGUCCUACCAAGCAGAAUGAUAUACUGUCUCUCCCUGUGACCUCGGCCCCAUUAAACUUACACUUGGUACCAUCCCCUAUGUCAUCAUCGGGCAUUGCUUCCAGUGUUGUAUCGCCACAGCAAAAGGAUGAAUUGACUGCAAUGAACAAAAAGUCAUUGGACAGUAGCAGUAAAAACAUUAAGCCAGGUUGUCUGUUAUCUGAAACUCAACUUUCUGUACCAUCACAUAUUAAAGAUCUACAGAGUACUCAGUCACAACCUCUAGCAUUAAAAGUUGGACAUUCUUCAUCGAACGCAAAUAGUAAGGAAGUGAGUAAGGUAAAUGAUGGUGUUGGCACUUUUCCUAGGAGAGAUACACCUAAGAUGGCAGUUGUUGCUCCUACCCAGGCUGUGGUGACAAACUCUGCAAGCAGCAGAAAAACUUUGAAUGCAAACAGUAGUUCAUCUCCUGUUGGUUACAAGACGCUUAAAACACCACCCAAAAGUUGGAAUCAGAGUAUUACCAGGUUGAGUUUCUUAUCCUCUACCAAAAAUCACACGUAUACAGCAAAUACAUCAGGUAUAUCAUGUGAUGGACGGAGGUCAGGUGAUCUACCUGGUAAAGGUGUUGACAGUUCUGGUGGAAUUGUUCCAAGCAAUAAUAAACCUGUGAGUUGUGGAAGCAAUACUGUUCCAGCAAAGCCAAAUAGAUUUUUUAAAAUGCGUAAUAUGCCACGAUAUCUUGGUAACCCUGCUUCUGGAGUCAAGCCAAUGUAUCAAGUUGCCUCAGUAAACAAACAGGAAUUAGUAACACAAACCACUGGACAAACUUCAGUUACAAAGCCAGUGUACCAGGUAGCUUCUGCUACAAGUCAGCAUAGCACACCACAUAACUCUACUGGAAACUUAAAGGCUGUGUAUCAUACAACUGGUACCUGUGGUAGUAAUAAACUUGACUCUACUACAGUAUCGUCAGCUGCCACACAUACGACACAUUCAAAGUCUCUUGUGACUGGGUAUCAUGUUGGGAAUCAACAGAGUUGUAAAAUGGAUUCUAGUGCUACUCUCCCAAUUGUACCACCAUCAGGGAUGAAACUGUUAUCACAACCAAGUACAAAUUUACAACAAAAUAAUAAACUGGACUGCAGUAUUUCUACACAGUCUGUUACUCAGACAUCAUCUGAUAUAAAGUCAGUUUCUUCUGGUGUUUCGGGCUCAAGUCAGCAGCACUACAGUAAAAUUCAAGAUUGUGGAACCCCAGUCCACAUAACACUUGCAUCUUCCUCAGCUAAGUCUGUGCCUUCCACAUGCUCUGCCCAUUCAGGUAGUUCAGAUCUUUCAAAUGCAUCUUCCAGUGGAAAGUUCAGAGGCAAUAAUAAACAAGAAUCUGGGGUACCACUCAUCUCGGGAAUGCAAACCACCCAUCAUGCAGGAUCUGUCACGCCAAAUAAGCAAGAUUCUAUACCUCCUCCAGUAUCAAAACAUGUUGGUGUAACUUUGAUGAAAAUUGACCCUAAAACUUUGAGUCCAAUCGUUGUUGGAGCAUCCUCUUCACCAGGGACGCCGCCUCUUCCUCUUUCUCCAUCUCCUCAGCCUUCUAAUCCUUCAUCUUCCAUGACACCACAGAACCUCAAAACACAUACUCAGCAGUUUCCUCUACCAGCUCAUUCUAAUUCAAACAGAGGUAGUGCAUCACCAAAUAAUCCUUUAGGCUCUCCUUUUCUUCCUAAUCUUCUUUAUUCAAGUUUUCCUUUCACUGGUAUGGGUGUUGGGGUUGGUGGCAAUCGUAUGGCAGCAGGCCCACCCCCAUUAGUACGUGCUGGAAGUGGUAUGGGUCUUGGAGCAUACCACCCCCUUCCUCCUUCCAUCAAUAUGUUGUUCAAUCCUCAUCAUCGUUCUCACACACACAAUUCCACACCAAGCUCUCAAUCUGGUGUACCACCUCCUGCUGUGCAGAGGAUACCAGCAUCAACUCCCCAGCACAAAAGCGGUUCCCAGGCUAGUAACUCAGUCAACUCUAACACUAACAUUAAUGCUCCAGGGUCAGGCAAGUCUCCCAAUAAUAAUGCAGCAGGGCAGCUUACAUCUCAAAAUGCUUCCCAUCAGAGAACACCGCCUCCUACAUCCCACUCUCCUUCAGCCUCUCAACAGCUAAAGUUGCGUAUGUCUCCAUCAUUGUCAAACCAGAAUUCCACAACGGCCCACACACCAUUGCAGGCAGUGACAGUGACAGCAGGAACCAACCAUCAGAAAGCAGGAGAAGGAAAACCUCAGCAGAAGACAGUUGUGGAUGGUAGUGCUGUUCCUGUUGCAAGGACAGUUAAUGGAGAACAAAGUUCUGGGGAAGUGUUGGGGAAGAAAUCGGAUAAUGGGAUUGCCAGUGGAAUUGCAGCUGAGGGUGGAGGUAAAGGUAACAGGGAACAGGGUAGUAGCUGUAGUAGUAGUAUUAGUAAGGCCAGUAGUUGCAGUGGUGGUGGUGGGAAUGCGGCAGAACAGGGUAUUGCUGGUGUAGAUAGCUCAAGCUCCAAAAGCAAGGCUUCUACAGGAGGCAGUGAAAGUGAACAGAAAUCAUCUGCAGUAAAGAAGGGUGUGGAGGAUGUAAUGCAAAAUCAAACAGAACUCGAGCAGGAUGCUGAAGAAACGGGUACCAGUAAUAAAGGAAAUGAUAAUGAAGAAGGCAUAGAAACAAAUAAGCAGCUGGAAAAAACAUGAAAUAUUGCUAUGUUGCAACUAAUUAUUUUUAUUGAUUCUAAUUAUUAUAAUGGUAUUUGAGUAAAGGUCUGUUUUUAACUCAAUAUUACAUAAAUAUAACACAUUUAUUAUAUAUGUUGCCUUCCACAUAACUGAUUGGCCUGUUGCACCAGAAUGCGUUUAAUUUAUUCACUAAUAGGUGAUAACGUUUUUGCUGUCGGUUUAUUGACAGGUUUAAUUAAUCAGGGACAUUCAUGACUACAUUAAUUGUUGUAUGCAUUGUUAAAAUGUGAAGAAGGUGGUUUGGUGCAGCUGGCCACAGUACAGUGAAUCUACACAUUGUUAGAGGAUAACCCUCCAUGGUAGUUGACAGUCAAGUGCAUUCCAAAUUGCUGUUGGUAUUUACAAAAAUAAACACUAGUCUGUAGAUAAUGAAAAGUCAGGAGCAUUCACGUUUUAGGUAAUGUAAAUUCAGUUUAAAUACUCAUGUGUUUGAAAUAUAUUUUGGAACAGUUGCAGUUGACAGUGUUUAUUGGAGUUGAAGGGACUUACUGUUUAGUAUAUACUCGCAGUUUCAUUAAGAAAUCAUAAGACAUGAAGGUGAGACACUGGUAGUUUGAAACCACAUGACAUGACUGUUAGAGUAAUGCUCGGUAAAUACUGCAUUAGGAAAGUAGGCCCUGUCUGAGAUUUGGGGUUGUCAUGGCAGUGAAGAUGCCAUUGUUGGUUUUCUGUGUUGUAACGCUGUGAGGACUAGUAUGUAGAUACCAACAUUUCAGAGGAACAUGCUUUCCUCAUCAUCAGGGCUU